AUGGGGCAACAAGUGCCUGAACUAUUUAGUAUUUGCAAGAGUUUAACAUCUUCUAAAAUUGUGAUUUUGAGGCAGUUUGUUCCUCCAGAUUCUAGUUACACCAAACUCAGCAACCCUUUUGGCCACUGGCAUCCAAAUAAGUUGCUGGAAAUUUACGUUCACCUCACAUGGCAAGUUUGUAAGUGUUUCUACAACCAAGAACAGGAUUUGGCACAUUCUGAGCAUUUACUCCAGUCUUUUGAGAUAUUUGCGAAGUCGAGUCCUCGUGAUGUUUUUGAAGCAUAUUUGAAGCAAUUCCAAGAGGACUUUUUCAAUUUUCUAAGGUUUAGAGGCCAAGAAAUUAAACCUGGUGGGGUUAUGAUAUUAGCAUAUCUUGGCAGAAGUACACCAAAUCCCUUUAUCAAAGACGCCAUUGAAAUCUUAGCAAUGCUGGCUGAAAUACUGUUGCAAAUGGCAACUGAGGAGGCUAAGGUUGAUUCUUUUAAUUUCCCAACAUAUUUUCCAUACAAGGAAGAAGUAGUGACCAUUAUUCAAGCAGAAGGAUCCUUCAAUCUUGAAAAGCUAGAAAUUUUUGAAGUCAAUUGGGAUGGCACUGCCGACAACGAUAAUGAUUGUGAUUUUAGCAAUAGUCACACAAUUAUCACAAAUAGCGUAAGAGCUUUCUCAGGGCCUAUGCUUGCAAAUCAUUUUGGUACGUCGAUUUUGGAUGAACUAUUUGAAAGGUAUGAAAAACAUGUCGCAAGGCGUUUGACCAAAGCAAAUAGCUAG